AUGAGGUGGGAAGGUCAAGUAGCCGAAGUGUCCACGACAGUAGAUAAGCCAAAAAAGAAGAAAAGAGCACCGCCACGCCGUUUGCCCGUAGAAAUUCAAGAAACAAAAAUUUGGGACCUCAUGACCAAAACCGACGCGCGAAUGUCAUUGGCAGAAAGAAUAGCCCUCGAUAAACAAGCAGCUCGUGACAUUCAGGAUGGUAUCCGGUUCCUUCAUGGGAGAAAGCCAAGGGCAAGACAAUCUGAAUCUGGCAGUUCAGCAAGACCGGUAGCUGUGAAUGCCGCAGUGAAAGCAGAAGAAGAAGAAAAUUCAACAACCGAAGAGAGCGACGACUCAUUCUUGUUCACAACUGAAACAGAUUAUGAGACUGACGAGGAAGGCGUUUCAGAGUUUGAGUACCCUUACGAUUUUAGCCGAAUGGACCGGAGUACACCCCUCCUGAUGCCUGUGAAGAUCAAGAACCGCGAAGUGAUAGCCGUAGUGGAUACUGGAGCUAGUGUCUCCGUUAUAAGCAAGCCCUUAGCCCUCGAAUUAGGUCUGCCCUUCAACGAAGACGUGAUGGCCAUAGAGAUGCUGGAUGAGACUAGUCAGGCCCGAACUACCUGUGCCCAAGUGUACCUGUUUUCGUCAAUGGGAAGUUCCGCCCAGAACACUGUGCUGUCCAAGAUAGGGAGACCGAUCUUUUGA